AUGCGGCUGCGCCUCGUCACCUCCGCCUCCCUAGGUUUGGCCGUCUUUGGCGGUUUGGCUUCUGGCGAGCAGUCAGAACCAUGGAAUCUGACACUCAACGGCGCCCCGCGCCACCACCUCGACCCCGUGCUUCCGAUCCUUGACAUCGAGGAGCAGUACAUUCGAAGCCAGACUGAUGGCGGCGUCACGACCUUGGGCAGCACUGAUCUCCAGUGCAGCGCCAGUAACCCCUGCCCCCAUGGCAGCUGUUGCAAUCUUCAAGGUCAAUGCGGCUACCGCGCCGAGCACUGCGAGAAGUCUUGCGUUGCCAACUGCGAUGCCAAGGCGCCUUGCGGUAUCAACAGCAAAAAUGGCUCUCAGUCGUGCCCACUGAACGUCUGCUGCUCGCACUUCGGCUUCUGCGGCGCCAGCAAGUUCUUCUGCCGUGACUCCACCGCCUCUGGUGAGAGCACACCGUGCCAGAAAGGCUUUGGCAAGUGCGGCACUGUCUCGACCGAGGCCACUCCAUCAUGUGGCAAGGUCAGUGGUACCGCCUCACGCAGGGUCGCGUACUACGAGGGCUGGAAUACUCGUCGCCGCCCAUGCGACAAGGUCUGGCCUGCUGACAUCGACACGACUGGCCUUACGCAGAUCAUCUUCUCGUUCGCGACCAUCGAUCCCAAGACCUUUGCUGUUGGCCCCAUGCACCCAGAGGACGAGAAGCUGUACGCACAAUUCCUAGGUCUCCAGGAUGGGUCGCAGAAGUGGAUUGGCAUUGGUGGAUGGGAAUUCUCUGAUGCCGGUGCCACGCAACACACCUGGUCGCGGAUGGCGAGCUCCAAGGCCAACCGCAGCGCUUUCAUCUCCUCACUACUUGACUUCCUCAAGAAGUGGGACUUUUCAGGUGUCGACAUCGACUGGGAGUGGCCUGGCGCGGAGAGCCGCGGCGGCAACCCUGCCAUUGACAAGCAGAACCAGAUUGAUCUCAUGAAGGAUCUGCGCGAGGCUCUGGGCUCACGUGGUCUGUCUGUCGUCCUUCCCGCGCAGUAUGGGUACCUGAAGAACCUUGAUCCCAAGGCUCUCGAGGGCUCGGUCGACGCUUUCAACGUCUUGUCGUACGAUCUCCACGGUCCUUGGGACUCGUCUGUACCCGGCCUCGGCCCCUUCGCAAAGCCCCAUACCGAUCUGAGGGAAAUCGAUGCGGCUCUCGAGCUUCUCUGGUCCACCGACUUGACUCCCUCCAAGGUCAACCUUGGUAUCGCUAACUACGGCCGUGGAUACAUCCUCGCAGAUGCCAGUUGCGCACACCUCAACUGCACAUGGACUGGUCCCUCCAAGGCCGGCCAGUGUACCGAGCUCGACGGUAUCCUGUCGCAGUGCGAGAUACAGCGCGCCAUCAGCAAGAACAACCUGAAGCCGAAGCUAAUUGAAGGUGCCGACAUCAAGCAAAUCGUAUUUGACGGGCAGUGGUUUGGUUACGACGACAGCGAGACACUCGGCCUCAAGCUCGAGCUUGCAAACAAUCGCUGCCUCGGAGGUACCACGCUCUGGGCCAUUGACUACGCUUCCUGCACUGGUGACGGCCCUAUCGGACCAGUUGGACCACAGCAUAGCUCUGAUCCGCCUUCGCCUUCUGCUCCUCUUAUUUCUGUCGCUCCUCCGCCUGCCUCCAACACUGUUCCAUCAUCUGCACAGUCAAUACCGCCGUCAGCGCCCGUAGUGUCUUCGAUCUCAGCAAGAUCCUCAAAGCCUGCAGCGUCCUCGACUGCCUCCAGCGCUUCUGCGAAGCCUCCAGCGCCGGUGCCAUCGUCAGGCCCAGCUUCAUCAGCCCUAGCGUCAUCAGCCCCAGCGCCAUCGUCAGCGCCCGCAGUGUCUUCGGCUCCGGCAACAUCUUCCAUGUCCGUUGCAUCGUCAACUGCGCCCAGCGCAUCGGAGAAGCCUCCAGCACCGGUGCCGUCAUCAGGCCCAGUAUCUCCAGCGUCAGCGACCUCUUCCAGCACGAGUACUCUCUCGAUGCCCGCACCAUCAACACCAGCGACGUCCUGGGCGUCGUCUCAGUCUUCACAAGCUGCAUCCUCGGCACCUGCUGUCACUCCUUCAACUGCCUCCGAGGCCGAGUCUUCUGGAGUGCCGACGCCUGUUUUUCCCGUCGUACCUUCAGUGGGGUUGUCAGUUCCGGAAUCGUUGGUCGCUGAAGAUUCCACAUCAGCGCCCUCGAUGUCGAAGUCUUCUGCACCAGCGUCAUCAUCAGCGUCGAGCGCGGCCUCAACUACCAGCGCCUCCGGUUCAAGUUCAGUGGUAUCAUCGAGCGCUGCAAUGUCGCAGGAAGUCCCGACUGGAUGGUCUCCAACAUCUUCAAGCUCUGUUGAUGUCUCGUGGUCUCUCAUCUACCCGUCCUCUACUACUAGUAGUCAUUCAUUUGCAGCACCCUGGCCAAUGAUCUCCGGCGGAACGGAGUCUUCGAAGACAUCUUCAUGGUCAUAUUUGACUAUACCGUCAAGUCAAUUAAUGACGUUGGGUAAUUCGCAGACGUCGGAGACCUCUCAGUGGUCCAUCACCGCGACCAUUUCAAGUGACUCCUCUGCAGUGCCUUGGCCAGCCAUUUCCAGCAGAACGGAGUCUUCCAAGACAUACUCGUGGAGCCAGUCGACGACAUCGGGCACCACUUUCCCUCGUCCCGCUUUGACGUCUGGCCAGGAUCACACCACGUACACCACCGAGGGUAGCAUUACUACGGCAACGCAAUCUGCGAUCGGCACCAAGACCGGUGGCACUACCUACGUAGGUUCAGCACAGCCUAUCACGACAUCCGGGCCAGAUCUCACUAUUAGGUUCGGCGUUCUCUGCCCUCCAUGUGAAGGUGAGGAGUGGUGCCGCUUUUGGGGUAAGAUGACGAUUGGCGAACUUCCUGAGUUUCCUCCUGUUGCGUGUUUCGAAUGGGGCAAUCAAUGGUGUCCCGAUUGUUGGCCCAAGCCUGCUGAGUACCACGUGAAAUUUUGCCCCUGGUUCUGCUGGAUCUUGGAAUGGUGCCACCCAAUCUGUCUAGGUGACAUCCCAGACGAGAUCCCGGAGGAGGGAACUGACCUCCACUGGUUUACGAGCUGGUGGUGGGAGCUUCCUGUCCCCGACUGCGUGCCAACGGACUGCACAGCGGAGUGUCGUGAUUGGUUCGGUAUUUCUCUCGCGUUGUUUAACAAUUCUCUCUGCGCUUGCGCUCCUCGCACGUGCACAAAGGGCGAGGAGAAUAAGCGCAAGACUGCGGAGAAAGAGGGCAAGAAGUGCCAGCUUCUAGGAUGUGGCUGUGGCUUCAUGGGUCUUCCGAUCAUCUGUGAUGGCGACUUCCCCAUCAAUUGGAAUCUCCUCUUUCCUAUCAGUUUCUUCGGUCCCGACCCUUGCUAUUGGUUUGGUUGUCUUCCACCAAUCGAUGGGCCGAACCCUCCUGGCGCAGUCGUGGGCAACCAGUGCGGCGUACUUGGCUGCAACGGCUAUUGCUACGAUUUUCCUGACAACAAGGGCUGCGACCCUUGCCCACCUGCCCUUUGUAACGGCCCGCAGUGCACUCUGCCUGGCGGCUGCGGCCCUAAGCCUGGUCCCGAUCCUACACCUGUGUUGGCCCGAAAGCCGCCCAAAUGCGAAGAGAAGGAUAAGACCACAGUCACCGAGCGGAUGAUUUCUUGUUUUGAGAACCUCAAGUUGGAACCUACCACGGUAGCCUCUAUCAACUAUACGCAGACAGAAACCUUGACCUCAGCGUGCAUUACGUUUGAGGCGACUACCUCUGGCUGUGGUUUGCUGGGGAUUUCAAUGACAACCACGGUGAAAAGUAUUAUUACACCCGCGCCCUCACGAUCACGAAAGCCCGAUGAGUGCGACGAAGAUGAUAAGACUACGGUCACCAAGAAGGUGGUGUCCUGUUUCGAGAGCACCAAGUUGGCCCCAACUACGAUUGCGUGGAUGAACUACACGCAAACUGAGACCCUGACAUCCACCUGUACUACGUCUGAAGAAGUUUCUACCGGCUGCGGAAUCCUGGGCUACACGACGACGACAACGGAGUCCAGCUUCACGCGUACCAGUAGUGAAGCUCCGAUGUGCAGUCGCGCGCCGCUGGAUCUCAACAAUGAUGAAGGCGACAAUCCACAGCCUCCUCGUACCACCGAUGGUCCAACAUGUUCUCACGCGCCGCUGUCACUGGAAGAUGACGAGGGGGACAACGAGCAGCCUGAAAAAGGCCAUUCCUGUACCCGUGCGCCUCUAUCGCUCGACGAUGAUGAAGGCGACAAUUCGCAGCCAACCUCUUCGGACGCGCCUGCAUGCACACGUGCCCCUCUCUCGCUCGACGAUGACGAAGGAAAUAACGAAAUGCCUGACGAUCUGCUGUCCAGCAAUGGCACGAUCUCUUCGUCCACGAUUUCGCGAGUGCCGCCGCCCUCUACUUUGAGCGAGUCGACGACCGCUCCCUGGGGUACUGGAGUUCCCACAGGUACUCCAGGUUCCCACUGUUUAGAAUGCGACAAGCAUUUCAACGAAUGCCUCAAGAUGCGAUGUCUAGACGGCUCGGAUGCUGUGGAAUGUGCAAAGUUCUGUCUGACAGCGGUGUGCUAUGAUAGCACGAGUCCCGAUUACUGCAAGCAUGGUUCGUGUAGGCCCGCGGCUUGUCCUAAGGAGCCGCCUCACAACUUCGAAACAGCCGAUCCGGCAAUCGGAUUCACCACGGUCAUGUCCCUACCCAGUAGGACGCUCACGGUCACCGCAUAUCCAACCGGUAGCAUCGUGCCGAACUGUCCCAUUUGCGAUUUGGUCUUUGCGAAAUGCACGAAGGACGCUUGCGAGCAAGAUGGCUCAAAACCCGACGAUUGUGCCAAGCGCUGUCUAGCAUAUCUGUGCUACGGCGACCAUAACGCUCCGCUCUGCAAGACUGGUCCUUGUAGGCCUGCCGCAUGUCCCGACAGCAUACCUCGUGAGUUCGAGACAGCUCAACCGGCAAUGCCGUUCACUACGGUCUUGUCAUUCCCCGGCACCACGGUCACGGUCACUCCAACCCCAACAUACACUGAACCUGCCUUGGUGCACUCUGCUACUCCACGAUGCACCGAAGGCCAGAAGGUCUCGCCUCAUAGCAAGUGGACAGUAUUGUUUGAGCACAAGAUUCAGAGGCAACCUGAUCUUGCCACUCUGAAGUGGAAUUUGUGGGAUGAGUAUGGAUGUCACGCUGGCAAGGGUAUGUCUUCGAACAUCUUCCUCGGUCACAACAUCAGCGCGGGGAUUGGAGCCAUGGGACGCCCGCAGGAAGACAUGAUGGGUUACACGUUGCAUACGAAUGUCACCGAAUCAUUGAGUAUCUCCUCGUCUGAGAUCUACUUCCAGAUCUCUAAGCCCGUCGAGGGCUGUCAGCGGAUGUGCCAUACAGAGUGGAGGAUCAACACUCGCGAUGCGAGCAACCCCUGGGACAUCGUGAAUGACUGCGCCCAGCCUUGUGGCGUGCAAAAACUCAGCCCUGCCGAUGUCGUGUGCGAUGACGGUAGCAACAAGUGGCAAGACAAUGGCGGCAACCCUACCCGCAUCCGUGGAGGCUACUGCACGUUCCGCAUGCCAUUUGAUCCGGCCAACGAUGACGCGCCUCGACGUCCCCUUGCCUGGUUCCGUGACGGUCAAUGGACUUUAUCCAUCAUCCAGAAGAUGGAGUACGAGACUGCCUCGCUAGAAUGGUGGUUGAAGAAUCCACACGGAAAUGAUGCCGGGCACUUCUGGCAGAGCCUCUCCGAGGCAGAUGUCGUCAACAGCCUCAUCGAGACCUACCCCGAAACUCCGCGCGAGUCAAAGAUGCUAUACAAGAUGCUGCUGACGGUAUCGGAACCUCGGAACAAGGACAAGACCCUUGUGCAGCUCAAGUACCAGAACGCUAAAAACCCGCACUGCACGUACUGCACGAAGUGCAAUGGCAUUGGAAUGUUACCAAGCUGCCAGCCCAGCUACCGAACUGAGACUAACGACGAGGAGCUGCAAGCAAUGCUCGGCACAUGCCAUGCACCUGGGCUGAUGCUCUGUCCUACCGACAUGAUCGCCGACAAACGCACCUUCUCAUGUGACCCCUUGCUAGACAAGUUCUAUCCGGUCGGCGCAGGCUUUGAGCGCAAGUUUGAUUGUUGGUGGCCUAAUGAUUUCGACUACCCCUAUGGGUUGAAAGAUCCGCCUCCACAUCCACCCGGUCUUUGGGAGCAACCUAUCACGAACGGAGAUGGAGAUGGGUUCAAAGGGGCUGCUGGCGGUCUGGCUGUCGAUGGUGGUGCUAACGGGUCAUGGUCAAAUGCGACUUGGCGUUGA